GUAACGUACAUUACUACGAGCAGCAAUUCUCACACACAGCUCGGAUACGUACCGCAUGUGAUAGUGCGUGCAUUCGCGAUCCGCGGUCAGCGCUAGGUAGCAUAAAACCAAUUUACAGUUGCGGGAAAGUCUGGCGGUGCUGUGUGUUAUCGGGCUGGUGGUUGAACACAGAAGCAGCAUCAAGGAAGCUUGAAGCUAGGUAGUAGCUGGUGGGUUCCCGUAGCUGGUGUCAUCGAGUGGAAGUCAAGUGACCUAGUUGAAGCUGAAUACAGCUUGGUAGUUGGUACUACAUCCCUCUGCACUGGUGAAUUAGAUCAAGCUUGAUCAUGUCUGACAGCGACAACAGUAUUUUCUCCGAGGAGGAAGAAGAGGAGGGGGAAGAAAGCUUUCAGAAAGAUAGCGAUGAGGGUAGUCUUGUAGGAAGCGCUGAUGAAGCUGAAGAGGGGGAGGAGGCCGAUGACGGGGAAGAAGAACCGGAGGAUGGGGAGGAUUUGAUGAGCGAACCACGGAGCGACGAGGAGGACGAAGAGGAAGAGGAAGAUCACGAUGGGUACGACCAUAGGAAGAAGAUAAAGAAGAGGAAAGUUGAGAGUUUCAUCAUUGACGAAGCUGAUGUUGAUGAUGACUACGGUGAGGACGAUGAGGAAGAUGAGUGGGAAGCUGGAGCCGAAGCACUGAUCAAUAACGCUCCCACGGAUUACAAUGAUAGCGAUCAACAUGGAGCCCGACGUCUCACUCAGCUGUUCAGUACACAAAAGGAGGAUGAGCUCGAGGAGUAUUACAAGAGGAAAUAUGCUGAAGGGACCAGCACGUCGUACAGAGACGAAGAUGAGCUCCCAGACUCCAUCACACAACAAGGACUUCUCCCUGGCGUCAAAGAUCCCAAUCUGUGGAUGGUCAAAUGUACCAUUGGCCAGGAGAAAGAGGUCGCAAUCCAGCUCAUGAGGAAGUUCAUCGCGUACCAGAAUACAGAAGAGCCGCUUCAAAUUAAAUCCAUUGUGGCCGUCGAGGGGUUGAAAGGUUACAUCUACAUCGAGUCUUACAAGCAGACCCAUGUCAAGCAAGCCAUCAACGGUGUCGGGAUGUUGAGGAUCGGUCAGUGGACUCAGAAGAUGGUCCCCAUCAAGGAGAUGACCGAUGUCCUGAAAGUGGUCAAGGAGACUGCUAUGCUCAAAGGAAAAGCUUGGGUCAGACUCAAGAGAGGGGUUUUCAAAGAUGACCUGGGCCAAGUGGACUACGUCGAUCAGACCCAGAACCAGGUUAUCCUGAAACUUCUUCCGCGAAUCGAUUACACCCGACCCCGCGGCAUCCAGCGGACGGCCCAGACCGCGGCCGAGAAGCGGAAGCGUCGGCGCCCGGAGCAGAAGCUGUUUGACUUGGAAGCGAUUCGUAGGAUCGGUGGAGAGGUCACAUCUGAUGGUGAUUUCUUGGUUUUUGAAGGGAAUCGCUACAGUAGGAAAGGGUUCCUCUUCAAGACGUUUGCUAUGAGCGCUAUCAUUGCCGAAGGUAUCAAGCCCACCCUGUCUGAGUUGGAGAGAUUUGAAGACAAGCCAGAGGACAUCGACGUAGAAUUGGUAGCGAAGAGCAAAUCAACCAAAGAAAAGAGUCAUAGCUUUGCUCCAGGAGACAACGUGGAAGUGGUAGAAGGAGAAUUGAUCCAUCUUCAAGGUAAAAUCAAGAGCGUCGAUGGAAACACUAUCCUGGUUCUACCGAAACACGAAGAUCUAAAGGAUACCUUAGAGUUUCCUGCUCAUGAAUUGAGGAAGCAUUUCAAGAUCGGAGAUCACGUGAAGGUCAUCGCAGGUCGCUACGAGGGAGAUACGGGAUUGGUCGUUAGGGUGGAAGAGAACCUGGCCAUCGUCUUUUCAGAUCUCACCAUGCACGAGAUGAAAGUAUUGCCAAGGGAUCUCCAGCUUUGCCAAGAGAUGAGCACAGGAGUAGAUUCUCUAGGACAGUUUCAAUUGGGUGACUUGGUUCAGCUUGAUCCACAGACGGUUGGUUCGAUUGUAAGGUUGGAGAAAGAGACCUUCCAAGUACUGAACAUGCAUAACAAGCUUGUUCAAGUAAAGCCCCAGGCUGUUACCCGUAAGAAAGACUCCAGACAUGCAGUAGCGUUGGACGCCGAACAGAACAACCUACAGGUCAAAGAUAUUGUCAAGGUCAUUGAUGGUCCGCACUCGGGCAGAGAAGGAGAAGUCAGACAUAUCUACAGGAAUUACGCAUUCCUGCAUUCCCGUCUGAUGACUGAGAAUGGAGGGGUGUUUGUUGUCAGGAAUAGACACAUUGUACUGGCUGGAGGCUCAAGGAAAUCUGAUGGUGGAUUUUCUACUGGAUUUGCACCCAUGAGCCCACGUAUUACAAGCCCCAUGCAUCCAAGUGCAGGUCCUGGUCAACAACCUGCAGGUGGGCCUGGUGGCGGGCGUGGUCGUGGGCGUGUCGGCAGAGAUAGAGGCCUGAUUGGACAGACAGUGCGCAUCACAAAGGGACCAUUUAAAGGUCAUAUCGGUAUCGUGAAAGACGCCACCGAAUCAACGGCUCGUAUUGAGCUACAUACGAACUGUAAAACUAUCAACGUCGACAGGAGCCGAAUGAACAUUGUAAGCGAUCAGAUCCGAAGUGGAAUGACGACAGCUUACAGCAGAAACACGCCCAUGUACGGCUCUCAAACCCCCAUGUAUGGGAGCGGUUCCAGGACUCCAAUGUAUGGCUCUCAAACUCCACUACACGAUGGAAGUAGAACUCCUCACUAUGGCUCGAUGACCCCGUCACAUGAUGGUAGCAUGACCCCUUCAAGAUCAGGAGCAUGGGAUCCCACUGCACCAAGCACUCCUAUGGGCUUUGAUGAGUCAUCUCCCUCGCCCCAACCCUAUGGAUCCACCACCCCUGGUACCCCAGGGUAUGCUGGGGAGCCCCAGUCGCCGGGGCAGGGACCGUACACCCCAGCCACGCCCAACAGCUCAUCCGGGAUGUACGGGAGUGAGUCCACCUACUCCCCGUACGGACAGACGCAGACGCCGUCCCCGGGAAGUUACCAGCCCACGCCCAGUCCAUCAAGCAGCUUCCAGCCUGCCCCGAGCCCCGGUUCUUACCAAGCCACCCCGUCCCCAUCGGGCACCUACCACACCCCAUCACCCGGGAGCUACCAGGGCAAUCCGAGCCCUCUGGGGUACUCUGCCAACACCCCCAUGGCCCCGUCGCCCCUGGGGUACAACCCCCAGACACCAGGGGGCGACAUCAUGCACCCCUCCCAGAUCGACUGGCACACCCCUGAGAUUAUGGUGAGGAUCAAGGAUUCCCAUGACGACCCAUCGCUCAUCUUCAAGGAGGGUGUCAUCAGAAGCGUCCAGGGUCCACUGUGUUCAGUGUACCUUCCAGACGGCGAAGACAGAGUAGUUACAGUGAAAGCAGUUCAUCUUGAGCCUGUCAUGCCAAGUAAAACGGACAGAGUGAAGGUGAUAAUGGGUGACGACCGUGACAGCACCGGAACCCUCAUCAACAUUGACGCUGAAGACGGGAUCGUCAAGAUGGACCUGGGCGCGGCCGAUAUCAAAAUCCUGCAGCUCAAAAUGCUUGCUAAACUCUAUAAAUAAACUUUCUUUAUUAUUGUUUAUUCAUUGUACCUGGGAGCUUUUCAUGACAGGACUUGUCUGACAUUUUUUCUGACGGUUACCAUAGUAACGGUGCUUCUCAGAAAAUCAAAAUCAAGGAAAGUCUUGCAGGUCUUACAACAUGUCUGACAAAAACGUUGAUGAAACGUUCGUCUGAGCGUUUUACGAAAGAACUUGUCAAAUGUUGCAUCCGACAAGUCCUCUUUUAUCCAACAGUUACCAUGGUAACAGUGCUCCUCAGCCAAUCAAAAUCAAGGAAAGGUGUCAGAACUGACUACUUGUCAGACAACAAUAUAUUGAUGAAAUGCUCCCUUAGGCCCUUUCUAAAAAGUAUUAUGAUCUUUUAAUCAAUCUAUUUGAUAUAUGGGGCCUAAUCAUAAAGAAUAACUUUGCCAUUAUGUUAACUACCAUGGUAACAGGGCUCAGCAGCCAAUCACAACCAAGUUUUCUAUGGUAGUUACAAUAAUGGUAACUUGAGUUUUAUUUUCAUUUGGUUGAAUGCCAAUUCAUCCAAUUGCCAACUUGUCUACUCUCAUGCAAGAGCCGUGGUGUAGUUGUUCUGACUCUCGCCUUGUAAACAGAGGGUCGUGUGUUCGAAUCCCACCGCCGCCUGGCGUCCUUUGGCAAGGCGUUAAUCCACACUUUGCCACUCUCGACCCAGGUGCUAAAUGGGUACCCGGUAGGAUGUGAAAGUCAUUGUAGCUUGUCCAGUACUGUUUGCGCCUCACAGGCGACUGACUGGAAUACUCCUUAUAGAGUGGAGGAUGUGCACACAUUGUGUUCGGGAAUGACUGAUUAAAUCCGAUGAUCGGGGUAGUAGUAUAUCUGUAAAGCGCUUAGACACGUUGUUCCGAUAUAUUAAGUGCUAUAUAAGAGCAGAUUAUCAUUAUUAUUAUUAUUAUUAUUAUUUGGUCUUCAAUCAGUUCGUCCAAUAUCCACAUUGUCUAAUUGCCAGUUGGUCCAAUAGCUAUUUAGUCUACAUACCAUUAGAUCUGAUAAGACUAAGUGUCCAUUGGGCAAAAUAAAUAAAAAUUAAACAAAUAUUAGACCAACUGGUCAUGAGACAAAAUAGUCACAGACAAACUUUUGAUGAGACGAAGUGAUGAUUUGACCAAAUGGUUGUUAGAUGAAAUGUUGAUGGACAGAAUGGCAUUAGAAUAAAUGAAAGUAGACCAUGUGGUGAGUGGACGAGUUGGCAAUUUAGCGGUAAAUUGACACUAAUUGUAAAUCCAAAUGAAAUCGACCCUUGGACUUGUUAGGGUUGACAAGGUAAAAAUUUAUCCCUAUUGCUCAAAUUUGCAACAAGCAGUAAUUUUCAAUUUGAUAUGCUCUUACUAAGAAACGUUGUGAUGGACUGAAUUGAAUGACUUCAAAUGAAGAAUUUUGUUUUUUUUUAUACAUU